AGUGCUAGCAGUAGCAGGCUGGGACACGAGAAGAGAAGAGGGAAUAUCACUGCUCUGCCGAAGAGAGUCCGCGUGCCGCUCCGCUGCUGUUCCUCACUCACACUGAGAGGAAAGUUUUCCUGUACUGUUCAUUCACCUCUAUGUUGUCUGCUGGGAGCAGGAUGAGGGACUCAGUGGAUUGGCUCGCCAGCGGGCGUUUGGAUGGAAUGCAGCUCUAGAGAGCCGUGAGGCUCCUUAUCUGUGUGUCUGGGUGAUUUUACUCUGCACUGAAACAUCUAACAGCCUGCCACUUUCCCAAGGGCCUCUCUGCACACAGCGGCUGACUGGGGUGUUUUCUAUAGUCCACCAUGACUCCUAUAUCCAGCUCCUCUGGAGAGGAGACCUGGGCUUCUGGCUGAGGAGGAGAGGUGUGUGUUUUGGGAAAGAGGUGUGUGUUUUUGGGGUACCCUUUUUAUCAUCCCACAACCCUCAGUGGCGUCAUGCUGAGCCUGCAGGAUUCACUGUUCUUUGAGAUCAGCAUCAAGUCUCUACUCAAGUCGUGGAGCGGCAGCUCCUCAGCCCCUGUCAACAGCCUGAGUAGACGUCGCGCCCCCUCCGUGGCUCCCCUGACGUGGGAGAAGCGCAACGCCGCCGCCAUGUCGAGCAUCAUCAUCGACCCCGAGCUCAAGCCCGGGGAGUUUGUCAUCAAGAGCCUGUUUGCUGAGUUUGCUGUGCUGGCUGAGAAGAAGAUUGAGGUGGUGAUGGCUGAACCGCUGGAGAAACUCUUGUCCCGAUCCCUCCAGAGAGGGGAAGACGCACAAUUUGAUCAGUUAAUAAGCUCUAUGAGCUCCGUAGCGGAACACUGUUUGCCCUCCCUGCUGCGCACACUGUUUGCCUGGUACCGGCGGCAGAGUGGCACUGAGGAUGAGUCCUAUGAGUACAGACCUCGCUCCAGCACCAAGUCCAAAGGGGAUGAACAGCAUCGGGAUAAAGACUACCUAUUGGAGCGGAGGGACUUAGCCAUAGAUUUCAUAUUCUGUUUAGUUUCAGUUGAAGUUUUAAAACAGAUUCCUCUUCACCCCGUGCCAGAUACUUUAGUACAUGAAGUUCUGAACCUGGCAUUCAAGCACUUUAAACACAAAGAGGGGUGCUCUGGCCCUAACACUGUCAAUGUGCACAUCAUCGCAGACCUGUAUGCUGAGGUCAUCGGAGUGCUCACACAGUCAAAGUUCCAGGCGGUGCGUAAGAAGUUCAUCACGGAGCUGAAGGAGCUGAGGCAGAAGGAGCAGAGCCCCUACGUGGUCCAGAGCAUCAUCAGCCUCAUCAUGGGCAUGAAGUUCUUCAGGGUCAAGAUGUACCCCGUGGAGGACUUUGAGGCCUCCUUCCAGUUCAUGCAGGAGUGUGCCCAGUAUUUCCUGGAGGUGAAGGAUAAGGACAUAAAGCAUGCAUUGGCUGGCCUGUUUGUUGAGAUCCUCAUCCCUGUUGCUGCUGCGGUGAAGAAUGAAGUCAAUGUGCCGUGCCUGAAGAACUUUGUGGAGAUGCUCUACCAGACAACCUUUGACCUUAGCUCCAGAAAGAAGCACUCUUUGGCUCUGUAUCCUCUGGUGACGUGCCUGCUGUGUGUCAGUCAGAAGCUGUUCUUCCUCAAUAACUGGCACAUCUUCCUCACAAACUGCCUCUCUCACCUGAAGAACAAAGAUCCCAAAAUGUCCCGUGUGGCACUGGAGUCACUCUACAGACUGCUGUGGGUCUACAUCAUCAGGAUCAAGUGUGAGAGCAACACCGUCACCCAGAGCCGGCUGCUUAGCAUCGUUUCAGCGCUUUUCCCCAAAGGCUCCCGUAGCGUGGUGCCCCGCGACACGCCCCUCAAUAUCUUCGUCAAGAUCAUCCAGUUUAUAGCUCAGGAAAGGCUGGAUUUUGCUAUGAAGGAGAUCAUUUAUGACCUCCUGUGUGUGGGCAAGUCUCACAAGACAUUCACCAUCAAUCCAGAAAGGAUGAAUAUUGGCCUGAGGGCCUUCCUGGUGAUAGCUGACAGUCUGCAGCAGAAGGACGGGGAGCCGCCCAUGCCCACCACAGGGGCCAUCAUGCCCUCAGGAAACACCCUGCGGAUCAAGAAGAUCUUCCUCGCCACCACCCUCACUGACGAGGAGGCCAAGGUCAUCGGCAUGUCACUGUACUACCCAGCAGUGAGGAAGGCCCUGGACAACAUGCUGCGUCACCUGGACAAGGAGGUGGGGCGCUCCAUGAGCAUGACCAACGUCCAGAUGUCCAAUAAGGAGCCUGAGGAUAUGAUCACGGGGGAAAGGAAGCCGAAGAUUGAUCUGUUCCGUACGUGUGUGGCGGCCAUCCCCAGGCUGAUCCCAGAUGGCAUGAGCAGACAGGACCUGAUCGAGCUGCUGGCCAAGCUGACCAUCCACAUGGAUGAGGAGCUGCGUGGCCUGGCUUUCACCACCCUGCAGGCCCUGAUGCUGGACUUCCCAGAGUGGAGGGAGGACGUGCUCUCUGGCUUUGUCUACUUCAUUGUGCGUGAGGUCACUGACAUUCACCCCACGCUGCUGGACAACGCCAUCAAGAUGCUGCUGCAGCUCAUCAGCCAGUGGAGGCAGGCAGUCCAGACCAGCAACAAGCAGGGCCCUGGCAGCGGGCCAUCUCUGCCCUUGGAACGCUCUCCUCUGUGGGGGGUUCUGCAUGUGGUGGAGGGCCUGGCACUGGUGGUGCUGUGCAGUUGUCGCCCUGCCACCCGGAGGCUGGCUGUUAACGUCCUCAAAGAGGUCCGAGCCCUGCACACCGCUCUGGGCAUCGCCAAGGGAGAUGAGGAGUUGGUCAUAGAUGUGAUGGACAGACAAAGUGCCUCUGUGCUGGAGAGCUUCAUCCAUCUCACAGGAGCUGACCAGACCAACCUGCUAUACUGCCCCAGUGGUAUCGACCUGCAGACGCUGGCAGAAUGGAGCUCGUCUCCCAUCAGCCACCAAUUUGACGUGGUCAGCCCGUCGCACAUCUGGGUGUUUGCCCACGUUACACAGGGCCAGGACCCCUGGGUCAUCAGCUUGUCCAGCUACCUGCGCCAGGAGCACCUGCCCAAGCACUGCCCUACCGCACUCAACUACGCCUGGAUGUUCGCCUACACUCGCCUGCAGCUGCUCUCUCCACAAGUGGAUAUCAACAGCCCUAUAAAUGCUAAGAAGCUGAACAGCCUGAGCAGCAGUGGUGACUCGUACGUGGGGCUGUGGAGGAACUACCUGAUCCUCUGUUGUAGCUCCGCCACUUCCUCCCCCAACUCUUCCUCAACCUCUGGCUCCAUCCGCUGCUCCCCGCCUGAGACGCUGGCGUCCACGCCAGACAGCGGCUACAGCUACGACUCAAAGAUUAUUGGCACUCCGUCCCCCUCGUCCCUGUUCAAACACGUUGUCCCGAUGAUGCGCUCUGAGAGCAUGGACAUCACAGAGUCUCUUGUCCUGGGGCUUGGCAGGACCAACCCCUUGGCCUUCAGAGAGUUGAUAGAGGAACUGAACCCCAUCAUUAAGGAGGCUCUGGAGAGGAGACCUGAGAACAUGAAGCGACGCAGGCGUCGUGACAUCUUGAGGGUCCAGCUGGUCCGGAUCUUUGAGCUGCUGGCUGAUGCUGGUGUCAUCAGUCAGACGGCGAGUGGAGGUCUGGACGGGGAGAGUCACUCUCUGAACUCAGUGCUGUUGGAGUAUGUGGAUUUGACGAGACAGCUGCUGGAGGCUGAGAAUGACAAAGACUCAGACACACUGAAGGACAUCCGCUGCCACUUUAGUGCUCUGGUUGCCAACAUCAUUCAGAACGUCCCAGUGCACCAGAGGAGGACCAUCUUCCCUCAGCAGUCUCUAAGACACAGUCUGUUCAUGUUGUUCAGCCACUGGGCCGGGCCCUUCAGCAUCAUGUUCACCCCACUGGACCGGUACAGCGACCGCAACAUGCAGAUCAACCGACACCAGUACUGUGCUCUCAAGGCCAUGUCUGCAGUGUUGUGCUGUGGUCCAGUGGCUGAUAACGUUGGCCUCUCCUCUGAUGGUUAUCUCUACAAGUGGCUGGACAACAUCCUGGACUCUCAGGACAGGAAGGUGCACCAGUUGGGCUGUGAGGCGGUGAUGCUGCUGUUGGAGCUGAACCCAGACCAGAGUAACUUGAUGUUCUGGGCUGUGGACCGCUGCUACACUGGCUCACGGCGCGUGGCUGCCGGUUGCUUCAGGGCCAUCGCCAACGUCUUUCACAACAGGGAUUACCAGUUUGACACCGUGGUGCUGCUGAAUCUCAUCCUGUUUAAGGCAGCCGAUUCAUCCAGAGAUAUCUAUGAGGUGGCCAUGCAGCUGCUGCAGAUCUUGGAGCCCAAGCUCUUCCGUUACGCUCAUAAACUGGAGAUCCAGAGAACAGAUGGGAUCCUGAGCCCUCCCUCCCCGCUGCCACACCUCUACUCUGUCUCCUACUACCAGCUGUCUGAGGAGCUGGCCAGGACAUACCCAGAGCUCACCCUGCCCAUCUUCUCAGAGGUGAGCCAGCGUAUCCAGACAGCACACCCUGGUGGUCGCCAGGUGAUGCUGCACUACCUCCUGCCCUGGAUGAACAAUGUGGAGCUGGUGGACUUCAAGCCGUCGCCACGGCGACAUGAGGAGACCCCUAUUUGUGAGGAUGAGGAGGACGGCCACGAGCGUGAUAUGAUGGUCAACAGCCGCCGUUGGCUCCGUGGGGAGGGCUGGGGCUCCCCGCACGCCACCACCAUGGUGCUCAACAACCUCAUGUUCAUGACUGCCAAGUACGGGGAUGAGUUUGCGUGGUCAGAGAUAGAGAACGUGUGGACCACCCUGGCAGACAGCUGGCCAAAGAACCUGAAGAUCAUCCUGCACUUCCUCAUCAGCAUGUCAGGGGUCAACAGUGAACCCAGCUUCCUGCCCUAUGUGAAGCGGGUGGUGGUGUACCUGGGCAGGGAUAAGACUAUGCAGCUGCUGGAGGAGCUGAUGUGUGAGCUGGACCUGACAGACCCAGUGAGCUCUGCUGUCACUCACAUGGACAACCCUCCCUACUACCGCAUUACCUCCAGCUACAAGAUCCCCUCCGUCACCUCAGCAGGAACCACCUCCAGCAGUAACACAAUGGUGCCAGGACCUGACGCUCACCAUGAUAGCAGCAAGAACAAAGACCCCAACAUGGACGACAGUUCCACCCAUCUGGACAUCUACAGUGGUCUGAACAGCAACCUGAACCGUCAGCACCACCGCCUGGAGUCUCGCUACAGCAGCAGCUCUGGAGGAUCCUAUGAGGAGGAGAAGGGUGACUCCAUGCCGCUGUAUGCUAACUGGCGUCUGAAGGUGAUGGACCACAACCGUCCCGAGCCCCUCCCCUUUCCUCCGACAGGGGGAUGCUGGUCCCCUCUGGUGGACUACCUGCCAGAGACCAACACCCCUGGUGUACCCAUUCACAGGUGUAACAUAGCUGUUAUCCUACUGACUGACCUCAUAGUAGACCAUGGGGUCAAAGUGGAGUGGAGCGCCUACCUUCACCUCCUGCUGCACUCCAUUUUCAUAGGGUUUGACCACCAGCACCCUGAGGUCUACGAGCACUGCAAACGCCUCCUGCUUCACCUGCUGGUCGUCCAGGGAAAUAACGGCAGCGUUCAAUCCUUGGCCUCUGUGCUGCUGCGCAACCGAGAGUUCAACGACCCCAAGGUGCUGACGGUGAAGCCACCGCCCCAUGACUUCAACCUCACAGGAAUGUGUGACGUUGUGCCAGACUAUCAGCCGUCUCCUAUGACCGACUCAGGCCUGAGCUCCAGCUCCACUUCGUCCAGCAUCAGCUUGGGUACAGGAGGAACCCCCCUGCCUCACCUCACCCCCACCCUAAUUAACGAGGUGGACAUCAUCGCCGAGCAGGAUGAGAAGGUCAAGGCCCUCAUCGAGUUUGUCACCUCCAGGAAGCGGGGGCCCCUGUGGAACCAUGAGGACGUGUCGCCCAAGAACCCCAACAUAAAGAGUGCUGACCAGCUGUGUGUGUUCCUCAGACACGUAGUGACAGUCUUCAAACAGUCCCAGUCAGGUUUCCAGCUGGAGCAGUUGCUGAGUGAGGUAGCGCUGCAGACUGCUCUGUCGUGCUCGUCUCGUCACUAUGCAGGGCGCUCCUUCCAGAUCUUCAGGGCUCUCAAACAACCCCUCACAGCCGCCACGCUCUCUGAUGUCCUCUCACGUCUUGUAGAGACGGUGGGCGACCCUGGAGAGGAGGCGCAGGGCUUUGUUAUCGAGCUGUUGCUGACUCUGGAGUCAGGGAUUGACACUCUCGCUGACACAGUAAAGAAUUAUGACCUCCUCACUGCCUUGGCAAAGGCUUCUGCCCACGAGCACCUGCUGGGGGCUAAGUUUGCAGCCAAUAGGAAGAGCACGGGCCAGCUGAACCUGAGUAGUGGGGGUCUGUUCCACCACGGUCACUACCCCCACGGCCACGCCCGCAGCAACUCCCUCCGCGCUAGCCUCAUGGGCGAACGCAAGGGCGACCGUCGCCGCAGCAACACCCUAGAUAUCGCUGAUCGGCUGGGUGGCAGCCAUGGCAACCUAGCCCGAACGCAGAGCUUGUCGUCAUUGCGGGAGGGUGGAGGAGGGGGUCCUGGGGGGGAGGCCAUCCCUCCUGUGGACCCCACCAACCUGAUGGCCACGGUGUUCUGGAUUGCAGCCUCCCUCCUGGAGUCGGACUAUGAGUUUGAGUACCUGCUGGCCCUGCGGCUGCUCAACAAGCUACUGGGUCAGCUGCCCCUGGAGAACGCAGACAGCAGGGAGAGGCUGGAAACAGUACAGGCCAAGCUGAAAUGGUACAGCUUCCCUGGUCUACUGCAGCUCUUCCUCAAGGGCUUCACCUCAGCCUCCACUCAGGAGCUCACCAUCCACCUGCUCAACAAGCUCAUCAGCGUCUCCCGCCACACACUGGUCGACCCCUCCCAGGUGGCAGGUUUUCCUCUAAACAUCCUGUGCCUGCUGCCUCACCUCAUCCAGCACUUUGACAGCCCCACUCCGUUCUGCAAGGAGACGGCGGAUAAGAUAGCCAAGGUGUGUGCCGAGGAGAAGUCAGCCACCCUGUCUAACCUGGCCCACAUGAUGAGCCUGUACAGCACACACAGCUACUCCAGAGACUGCACCAACUGGAUCAACGUGGUGUGUCGUUACCUACACGACGCCUUUGCUGAGAUCACCUUCAAUCUGGUCACAUACCUGGCUGAGUUGCUGGAGAAGGGCCUACCCAGCAUGCAGCAGUCCCUGCUACAGAUCAUCUACAGCCUGCUGAGUCACAUUGACCUGUCUGCUGCGCCCGUUAAACAGUUCAACCUGGAGAUCAUGAAGAUCAUCAGCAAAUAUGUCCAGAGCCCGUACUGGAAGGAGGCCCAGAACAUCCUGAAGCUGGUGGUGUCUCGGUCGGCCAGCCUGGUGGUGCCAGACGAGGUGCAACGCUCCUACAGCACCGAGUCCUCUGGAUCCCCAGAGAUCGCCUUCACUCGCAUCUUCAACAACUCCUCUAAGGAGCUGCCCGGCAAGACGCUGGACUUCCACUUUGACAUCUCAGAGACGCCCAUCAUAGGGCAUAAGUACGGGGACCAGCACACAGCUGCAGGGCGGAAUGGGAAGCCGCAGGUCAUUGCUGUGACUCGGAGCACGUCCUCCACCUCGUCUGGAUCCAACUCCAACGGCCUGGUGCCUGUCAGCUGGAAGAGGCCCCAACUCUCUCAGAGGAGAACCAGAGAGAAGCUCAUGAACGUUCUUUCUCUGUGUGGUCCCGAGUCUGGUAUUCCCAAGAAUCCUUCUGUGGUGUUCUCGUCCAACGAGGACCUGGACUCAGGUGACCAGCAGACCAGUCUGAUCCCCACGGUGGAGGAGGUGGUGAGGGAGGAGGACCUGCAGGGAGAAGAUGCAGGAAGUGAGCAGCAGUUUGGAGUCUUCAAGGACUUUGAUUUCCUGGACGUGGAGCUGGAGGAUGCUGAGGGGGAGAGCAUGGACAACUUCAACUGGGGUGUGCGUCGGCGCUCCCUGGACAGCAUGGACAAGGGGGAGGGAGAUGGGGACACGCCGUCCCUGCAGGAGUGCCAGUACACCGGGAGCACGCCCAGCCUCAACCUCACCAACCAGGAGGACACGGACGAGUCGUCUGAGGAGGAGGUACUGAGCGCUAGCCAGAUUCUCACCCGCUCUGGCCUAAUCAACUGUGACUCUGCUAUGGAUGAUGCCACGUCCAAUCAUGUGGACUCUCUGCAGCAGUCCCAGGAGUCAUCCAGCAGUGCCCUGUCAGAGGAGACCACGGCCCUGCUGCCCCACCUGAACAGCCCUGCACUGGAGAUGGCCUGCUCUGACUCCAUCCAGCUGCCUGAGGAUGUGGUCAGCAUGACGGCGGCAGACGAGCUGAGCAGCAGUGUGAGCACAGACACAGGGUUUGGCAGCAGUGCCCCCGCACUGCCCCCGGACCCCCCUGAGCUGUUUGACCUCACAGACUCUCAGGACCCUCAUGACAACCUGGACCCGGCCCCCCCUCGUCUGCCGGCCAUAGACACCCCGCCGGGGUCCCUCUGUGAGGAGGGGGACUCCCCUACGACCCUGCCCCUGCUCCCCCCCAUCCCAGACAGCCCCUGUGGCUCUGUGUGUGAGGAGGACGUGACGCUGGCGCUGAAGGAGCUGGAUGAACGCUGUGAGGAGGAGGAGGCUGACUUCUCUGAUAUGUCCAGUCAAGAUGAGGGUGAUCAGGAUGGUUUCCCAGAGGUCCAGGCCUCUCCUCCCCCCUCGCCCUUCCUCUCUGCCAUCCUGGCAGCUUUCCAGCCUGUUGCCUAUGACGACGAGGAGGAUGCCUGGCGUGUCCAUGUCAACCAGAUGUUGUCGGACACGGAUGGGUCCUCUGCUGUGUACACCUUCCAUGUGUUCUCCCGACUAUUUAAGAGCAUGCAGAGGAAGUUUGGCGCCAUCACCCACUCGUCAGUGCGUUUUCUGGGAGAGAGGCUGCAGCGAAUGGGGAACCAGUUCCUUAGCUCCCUAGAGGUCAUGACCUCACGCUCCCAGUGCCCCACGGUGCUGCUGGACGCUGAGACGUUGGUCUCAUGUGGACUGCUGGAGACUCUGAAGUUUAGUGUGCUGGAGUUGCAGGAACACCUGGACACCUACAACGGCAAGAGGGAGGCGGCCGAGGAGUGGCUGGAAAACUGCAGGAAGACGUUUGGCGACAAAGAUGGCAACCAACGACCCAACACUCAGGCACAGGAGCUGGAGCUGUGUCGCAGGCUCUAUAAGCUGCACUUCCAGCUGCUGCUGCUCUUCCAGGCUUACUGUAAGCUCAUCAGUCGUGUGGACACCAUUAAGAGAGAAGCAGAGGUGACCAACAUGUCAGAGGAGCUGGCCAUCCUGGAGAGCUGUUUGAAGCAGGCGGAGUCUGGGGUUGAUGGACAGGAGGAUGUGGGUGUGUCUGAUGCCUCCCAGACCAGCACUGAGACGGCCAUCCAAUCACUGAUCGAGACCCUGAGGGCCAGAGACUUCAGCUCCGCCCUCACACAGGUCAAAACCUUCAGGUCUCUGUGGCCUAACGACAUCUUUGGGAACGAGUCAGACGACGCAGUCCAGACUCUACUGCACAUCUACUUCCGUCAGCAGACGCUGGGCCAGACGGGCUGCCUGGCCGUGGUGGGACCCAGCAGGGACCUGUCCCAGGCCAACGGGCGCCUCAUGGAGCUCAACCUGCAGAUCAGAGAGGCUCUGAGCCAGGCCCAGGCCUGCCAGGCCCCCCAGACCACUGUGGUCAGCACUGGACUGUAAGGCUUCAGGCACAAAGCCUGGACUUGACUGGACUAGAGCAACCCCUACCCGUACCACUCACAGUUCCCAUCUGCUCUGGAGGCUGGGAAGGUGUGUCGGGAGGACAGAACAGACUCCACCUAUAAGGGCUAAAGGAUGUGUGGGAAUAACUGACUCAUAUUAAUAUAUAUUACAUAUAUCAAAUACUUAAAGCUAAUAUCUGUUUUCCCAGAAUAAGCCAACUUGCAAAAUUCAGCUGCAAUAAGUCGUGGUAUGAUGUGACUGGUGACGACUGGCCCGGGAGUGAGAAGGAGGGGUUUUGGCAGAAAUUACCUGAUGGGCCUCCCAUAUUGGCCGGUGGCUGCCUCAGGCCCUUUCAGGAGACUGGAUGGGACCUGGGGUUCGGUCAGGGAGACGAUGUGGUGUUAUGUUCUCAUAGCAGUAGAGUUGGGGCAUGAGAGACUAAAUCAGUCCGGAAGGAUGUGUGUGGACAGGCUGUUCCUGUCAGGAUUCAGAAACAAACACACAAAAAGUGUUCAAAAGCAUGCUUGAAACAGAAAAGCACUGCAAGAAUAUUUUUUUGACAAAUGUACUAUUUUUUAUUAGAGCUAACAUCCUAGGUUGUAAAUGUAAGGAUAUUUAACAUGUAAUUGUAACCCUAGGGGAGCUGUUCCCCACAGGGACUGUAAAAAGAUACAUGUAUCUGUUUAUUGGCUUGCAUUGGAGAUGAGCAUCAGCUUCAACAGGUCUUCUAAUGAAACUCACUCUGUAACCAAAUAAGUAGCUACCUGUAGAGACUUUAGGCUGUGUGGUGUGUAUAUAUUGGAUACACUUGCGCACACACAUGCAUAUAAUUGCACAGAAGUGGAGACUGGCUACAACUCAUUAUGGAAACAUUAACUUAUUUUACUCUGUAUAUAUUUUAGAAAAUGUAUAGUGUAAAACCAGUAUUAUUAUUUUUUCUUGUACUUUUGUGAAAUGCACUGUUAAUCUGAAUUAGAUGUAUGAAGCUAACGCGAGAAGAGAACCCAGAGCAGAUAUUGAGAAACGAAUGAUCCGUGCCGCUAUAAUAAUCCUGUCACACAAACUUUAAACAUUUCCCAGACUGGCCUGCCUGGUGGGAGUCACUGUUCAUGUGCUUAGGGGUCAGAGGAACUGGUUGAAGGCACGAGCUCGUGUAGAUUCUGCUUCCUGUUGGACCAGCCUAGCCCAUAUGCAUUCCUUAUCUCCACUGUGAUCUCCAUGUUGGCCCUGUACACCAGCACAGGUCACGCUAAAAAGCCUUAUGAGGGGAAAUUGAGGCCCGUGUUCAUCCAUAUUAGCGGAGCCCAGCGGUGCACUGGUGAUGUGCCAUGGCCCUGUGCUCUGAGGGGAAACUGCUGCCAUUAAAGCCGUGCUUUUGCUUCUGAAAAGGCACUGCUUGCUGCCUGCCGAAUUGCAGGACAUGAACUAGAUGUCAAAGCGUUGCAGGAAACUUGUCAUGGCACAUUGUAAACAAUCACUGUACUCAUUCCUCCUUGAGAACUUGUCUAUUGCAUUUGAAUGGAUAUUAUUUACCUGGAAAAUAGUUGAGGUGCAUUACUGGAUAAGUUUUUCCUUUCAUCUCACAUACCAGCCUUCUCUCUGGAUAAAUAAAAACCUGAUCAUAUGAA